CAAAUUCUACUCUAAACACAUACUAUAAGAAAUCAUAAAAAAAUGUCUACGCCCAAGGAAAACGAUAAGGCUGCGGAGCCGGACAUGACCUUUACCAAAGAAUUAAGAGCCGCCACAAAAGAAGUCCAUAAAUUAAGUGAUGUCUUAGUUAACGCUAAAUUUGCAUUUGCUCUAUCUGAUGACUCUGUUUGGUAUGAUGGUUUACUAAGUUUCUAUGAAAUUUAUAAAUUUUUCGAAACUCAUCUACCCGAAGAAUUGUUACCAAAGGAACUUCAUCGCACAGCAGCAUUUGAAAAGGAUUUUGACUAUUACUAUGGAGAAAACUGGAAAGAUAGUUAUGAAAUACGUCCAGCUGUUAGAAAAUAUUUGGAUCAUUUGGAGCAAGUCAAUAAAACUGAUAAACUUUUAUUGUUUGCCUAUGCCUAUCAAAUGUAUAUGGCUCUAAUGUCAGGUGGACAAUUGUUGCAAAAGAAACGUAUGGUUGCUCGUAAAUUAUGGCCUGGUAGUAGUAAAGACGCAGCAGUGGAGGAAGAAAUUGAUGAACAAUCUGAGAAGCCUACAGAUCCCGAUGAUUUGACGACACGCCCAAUGCCAACACAAGUUUCCAUUUGUCCAGAGGGUUGUGCUGCUACAUAUUUUCCCGAAAAGAUUUCGGUGUUAAAGGACAAGCUAAGAACUACAUUGAAUAAUAAUUAUGGAAAAUUUGAUGAGCAAAUGAAGGCUGAUUUCAUAGAAGAGAGUAAAAAUGUAUUUCUGUUUAAUAGUGAUGUCGUACGCUCAAUUAAGGGUGUAAAUCGUGCUAAUUUACGUAAAUUAGCCAUUGUUAUAGUAUUUGUUGUUGGAGUUUAUUUUGCCUUUAAGUUGGCUAAACAUUAAAAUAUUUAUUAUAAAUACACAGAUCUUAAUGAAUAUUGUAAAGAUUCAUAAAAAGACAAAAUUUUAAAAAUCAAGUUUAUUGUAGAUUGAAAAUUAUUGAAAUAAAUUAGCCUGAUGUACUAAACUACUAAAUUAA